GCAGUCCGCGAGACCUGCUUUCAGUUCGGCCCCGCGAUAUUUCCUCCUUCUUCGGUACCUUUCCUAGGUGCCGCUUCCGGGACGUUCAGGCCGGUUCCGGAGAGAUCGGUGCCCGUAUUUUCUCUCUCUCCCUUUCUCUAGUCUACGGUCGCGUCCCCCUUAACGCCAUUUGCCGGCUGGUGGCUGGUGGUGGAACCUCCCCGCCCCCACCCGACUCCCUGCGCAGAGAGCGCGCGCCCCGCGGCACCGCAGGAGCCAAUCAGCAGUCACCUUAGACCACCAUGUCUGAGUCUGGGCACAGUCAGCCUGGGCUUUACGGCAUAGAGCGGCGGCGACGGUGGAAGGAACCAGGGCCCGGAGGCCCCCAGAACCUCUCUGGGCCUGGCAGUCGGGAGAGGGACUACAUUGUACCAUGGGAAAGAGAGAGACGGGAUGGCAGCGAAGAGACAAGCUCCUCCGUCAUGCAGAAAACCCCCAUCAUCCUCUCAAAACCUCCAGCAGAGCGGUCAAAGCAGCCACCACCUCCAACAGCCCCAGCUGCCCCAGCUGCCCCAGCCCCUCUGGAGAAGCCCAUCGUCCUCAUGAAACCUCGGGAGGAGGGGAAAGGGCCUGCGGCCCCAACAAACGCCCCAACCCCCGAGGGCACUGCCCCACCACCCCCUGCAGCACCUGCGCCACCCAAGGGAGAAAAGGAGGGGCAGAGACCCACACAGCCUGUGUACCAGAUCCAGAACCGGGGCAUGGGCACUGCUGCCCCAGCAGCCAUGGACCCUGUUGUGGGCCAAGCCAAACUCCUGCCCCCAGAACGCAUGAAGCACAGCAUCAAGUUGGUGGAUGAUCAGAUGAAUUGGUGUGACAGUGCUAUUGAGUACCUGUUGGAUCAGACUGAUGUGUUGGUGGUUGGUGUCCUGGGUCUCCAGGGGACAGGCAAGUCCAUGGUCAUGUCACUGUUGUCAGCCAACACUCCUGAGGAAGACCAGAAGGCAUAUGUUUUCCGGGCCCAGAGCGCUGAAAUGAAGGAACGAGGGGGCAACCAGACCAGUGGCAUCGACUUCUUUAUUACCCAAGAGCGGAUUGUUUUCCUGGACACUCAGCCCAUUCUGAGCCCCUCCAUCUUGGAUCACCUCAUCAACAACGACCGCAAGCUGCCUCCAGAGUACAGCCUGCCCCACACCUAUGUUGAAAUGCAGUCACUCCAGAUCGCUGCCUUCCUCUUCACUGUCUGUCACGUGGUGAUCGUUGUCCAGGACUGGUUCACGGACCUGAGUCUGUACAGGUUCCUCCAGACGGCAGAGAUGGUGAAGCCCUCCACCCCAUCGCCUAGUCAUGAGUCCAGCAGCUCGUCAGGCUCUGAUGAAGGCACUGAGUACUAUCCCCACCUGGUUUUCCUACAGAACAAAGCUCGCCGAGAGGACUUCUGUCCUAGAAAGCUGCGGCAAAUGCACCUGAUGAUCGACCAGCUCAUGGCUCAUUCCCACUUGCGUUACAAAGGUACGCUGUCCAUGUUACAGUGCAACAUCUUUCCUGGGCUCCCUGCCGACUUCCUGGACUCUGAGGUCAACUUGUUCCUGAUGCCCUUCAUGGACAGUGAGGCCGAGAGUGAGAACCUACCCAGAACAGGACCAGGCUCCAGCCCACUCUUCUCCCUGCUCCCUGGAUACCGCGGCCACCCCAGUUUCCAGUCCUUGAACCGAGUGGAGUUUAUUGCAAGGCCGGGAGCCCCUCCCAGGACAUGGGAGCAGAAAGCCAGUGAUCAGAGGAGCUGUGACCUCCAGCUCUCACCAGGUUCCACUAUGCUGCCCGGAUCUGGGACGGGGUGAAAAAGUCCUCUGCCUUGGCAGAGUACAGUCGCCUGCUGGCCUGAGACCAAGGAGAGAAAGUGAUUGAGGGAACCCCUCCUGGGUCCCCUGUGGAUGAAGGGGUGCACACACGUCUUCCUCUACCCCAUGCAAAGAGGAGGAAAGUGGCAACAGGCCUGACAGACGAGGUACCUUGACUUUCAUGCCUGAGGCGUGGAGCAGGCCCAGGUGUCCAGGCCCAGGCCCUCCUGGAGUGGUGUGCAAAGAUAGGAGGCAGCUUUGAGAGGAGGCCUCCAGGCAAGGGGCCGGCCGUUCUCCGUCCCCACACGAGCAGUCAGGAGUCUGAAAGAUCUUUGGAAGCCCAGGCUCCAUCUUUACUUCCCUCUGCAGAGCAAGACAACUCACCCCUCUUGCUGACUCAGCCCGUUCUUCAGGCAGCGUCUGGGGAGCUCUUUAUUGGGGUGCAUCUUGUAUUUCAAAUAAAAGGUCUAGCAAGCCUG